CGAUUGCACGUGAUACGAGCACUACGGCUGUAGUCUGAAUAUUACUCUUUGGUUAGCUGUAAUGCCUUAUAUUUCAAGGCAAGAAGUUUAUUUGCUGUAAUUAACUAUUUAUCCCUUCGAUAUUUUCAUCGUAAUUUAAAGAUGAAGCUUUUUCUUCGUUUUUCCCUAUUAUAUCUUUUAUUCUCCACAACAGUUUUCUCAGAAAAGGAAACUUUCAAACCGAACAGUACUAUUGAUGAUUUGAACUUACUGGAUUCUCUUCUCAAAAAUUAUGAUAGAAGAGCUUUACCUACAAGUCACGAAGGGAAGCCGACUGAAGUAUCAUGUGAAAUGUAUAUUCGAAGUUUCGGAUCAAUAAACCCUUCAACAAUGGAUUAUGAAGUUGAUUUGUACUUAAGGCAAAAAUGGUAUGAUGAGAGACUAAAGAAACCUGAAAUGUCCAGACCUUUGGAUUUGAAUGAUCCUAAACUUGUUCAACGUAUAUGGAAACCAGAAGUAUUUUUUGCCAAUGCUAAACAUGCUGAAUUUCAAUACGUGACAGUACCUAAUGUCUUAGUUCGAAUAGACCCUAGUGGAUAUUUGCUGUACAUGCUCAGGCUAAAAUUAACAUUUUCUUGUAUGAUGGACCUGUACCGAUUUCCUUUGGAUUCUCAAGUGUGUACUAUCGAAUUAGCUUCAUUCUCUAAAACGACGAGUGAACUUCAUUUGAAAUGGUCUGAAAAAAAUCCGGUGAACCUUUUUGAGAAGCUGAAACUACCCCAGUUUGAAAUUAAAAAUGUUACCACUUCCUUGUGCAGUGAGAAGUUUCAUAUUGGUGAAUACAGUUGCUUAAAAGCAGAGUUCAACUUGCAGCGUUCAAUUGGCUACCAUCUUGUCCAGUCAUACUUGCCAACGAUAUUGAUAGUAGUCAUUUCUUGGGUAUCAUUCUGGCUGGACGUUGAAGCUAUUCCAGCCCGUAUUACCCUUGGCGUUACUACUUUGCUGACCAUUUCAUCUAAGAGUUCAGGAAUCCAAAGCAACUUGCCACCCGUUUCUUAUGUAAAAGCUAUUGACGUCUGGAUGGGAGCUUGCACAACCUUUGUUUUCACUGCUUUACUGGAAUUUACAUUCGUAAAUUACUUGUGGCGAAAAAGAGGUUCUCCUCCUCCAAACGUAAAAGUGGCUGAUGAAAAUAUAUCAUUAAGAAUGUAUGAAGAUAAGGAAGAAUGCAAUGGAACUAAGAAGGCAAUAAAACUGCAGGAAUCUGAAGAUGAUGAGCCGAAUGUCGGAAAGAAUGUUAGAGUCAAAGCAUACGCUGGGACGCACAAAAUAUCAGCCAAGCGCAUUGAUCAAGUCUGCAGAGUGGGUUUUCCUAUUUUGUUUUUGGUGUUCAAUAUUUGUUAUUGGCCGUAUUACUUAAUUGUUUAAAGAGAUGGGUUUAAGUUACUUUAAUUCUCACUAAAGUUGGUGUAAAAUGGCACCGAAUCUGUCUCAAUGUUAAUUCAUCUCAGUUUUAAAUUUAAUUUGGUAUUCCAUGUCAUUACAAAAUCAUUCAGAAGCUUUAAUAGACUUUAUUUUCACAAUUACCUUAUGCCAUUAAAAUACAUUCUAUUAAUGAAUAAUAUUUCGAUAAAUGAAUAUAUAAAGGAGAUUUCUAUGAGAGAUACGAAUUAUAUCAAUGAAAUAUUGUAUACAGAAAUAAUUUACUUUUAAACUUGUACACUUAGUUUAACAGAAUUUGUACUUUUAUUUUUCCUUAGAAUAUAUUGA